AUGACCGCAGAAACUGAGUACAUCUUAAUCAUUUUACCGGUCUCUGAGCCCGUCGCAUCUGUGGAUGCGUUACGCCAUAAAUUCCCUCAGGCCAAAGUCGUCUAUCAUUUUGCACAAGCUCCUGCAAGCGGCGCAUUCGAUUCCGAUAAAAUUUGGACAAAUGUCACCAUCUUGGUCACCUUGUUCCACGUACCGUCCAGUAUCAAAGACGCCCCAAGAUUGCGACUUGUACAUCUAGCUUCUUCAGGUGUAAAUCACUUGAUUGGAACAGCAAUCUACGACAAUCCUUCGAUAUCUAUCACGAGCUCUUCUGGUUGUGCAAGUCCCCAAAUCGCGGAAUGGGUUAUGAUGACAGCGUUGAUUACGAAUUGGGAUUAUCACUACCUGCAUGAAAAGCAACAGAACCGACGAUGGGUGCGAACUUCAAGCGGUAGAGACGCACACAUGGUGCGUAAUCUUGUCGGCCAAAAGCUUGGCAUCGUGGGUUAUGGCAGCAUCGGCAGACAAGUGGCUCGCAAUGCAAAAGCCAUGGGAAUGGUUGUUUUGGCAUACACUGCAACCCCAAAAAGCACUCCCGAAUCAAGACGAGAUAGCGGAUACAUCGUUCCAGGCACCGGAGACCCUAGCGGCGAGAUACCGUCCGCAUGGUACCAUGGUGGGGAUAAAGCUAGCUUACAUGAAUUUCUCGCACAAGACCUUGACAUGUUGGUUCUUUGCGUUCCAUCCACAAAGGAGACGACGGGUUUGCUUGGUAAGACCGAAUUGGAGAUCUUAUGCAGCAGUGGGCGAAAGCCGUUGUUGGCAAACGUUUCUCGGGGUACAGCGAUAGAACAGGACGCUCUCGUUGAAGCACUCCGGAAUGGAUCUCUCCGAGGGGCUGCAUUGGAUGUUUCUGAUCCAGAGCCACUGCCGUCUCAUGACCCCCUUUGGGAUGCUCAUAAUGUCAUCAUUCAUCCUCAUAUUAGCGCGGGUGGAAUGACAGAUGUAUAUCUGGCUAGAGUUUUUGAUGCUUUGAGUCAAAACAUCUCAAAAUUGCAAGGUGGAGAGAGGUUAUUGAACCAGGUGAACAGAAAAGCAGGAUAUUAG